AUGUCCUACUCAUUCACUGCGGAACCUGCGCAGUCGAUUGACGAGCAUCCCCUCUCCCAACACGCGCUCGGCCACGAUGCCCAACAACAACCACAAGCAGAGGGACAACGGCAUGACAGAGUACCGUUCUCGCAACAGAGUACCGGCGACAUGUCAGCCUCAAAUACUAUCGAUAUAACCACCACUCAACGCAUGAUCUCCGCCACAUGGGGCAGCAUCUUGACCUCACUGCUGGUGACACCGCUCGAUGUUGUGCGUGUACGGUUACAAUCCCAGCAACCUCCUCCGCCCUUGAAUAUCUCCCGGUUUCCCGCAUACUCUACCAACUUCAAACACCUGCCACCCGAUCUGGGCGUCAACUCAUGCUGUCGAGAAGUCUUUUUUGUCGGAAACAAUGGUCAGUUCUGCCUUGCGGCAAAUGGCUCCGUGCAGGAGUCUUCGGCACUUGCAGCUGAAUGUGCUGUUGAAGAAACCCAACGAAGGACUUUCAAUUCCACCCUAGAUGGCCUGAAGAAGAUUGCAAAGAACGAGGGCUAUUCGACGUUAUGGCGCGGGCUGUCUCCGACGUUGGUGAUGGCUAUUCCUGCCAACGUCAUAUAUUUCACAGGCUACGACUGGCUGCGUUACCAUCACAACAGCCCGGUCAGGAAGGUCUCAUCCGAUGCUUAUGCCCCUCUGGUUGCUGGUUCGAUCGCACGGAUAGCAGCUGCCAUUGCCGUGUCGCCCAUCGAAAUGUUCCGAACUCGAAUGCAAGCGACCUCUGGAAUUGAUACGGGAGUGUUUAAAGAAACUUUACUUGGCCUGCACCGCAUGACCCAGACCCAGGGAUACACAUCGCUAUGGCGUGGGUUGACUCUGACCAUGUGGCGAGAUGUACCAUUCUCUGGCAUCUACUGGUGGGGAUAUGAAGCAAUCCGGAACAAGUUGACCGAUGCUCGACAGUUAGCCAAAGGGCAGCAUCUCGACCCUGCCCGCUCCAUGACCGGUGGACGAACAGCUCAAGCACACGAAAACCACACAACCACCUUUGUCGACAGUUUCGUCGCUGGUGCGGGUUCCGGCGCCGUUGCUGCUUUCGUCACCACUCCCUUUGAUGUCGGCAAGACUCGCCAGCAAGUCUAUCACCAUGCUGGAGACGACGCUCCCUCGGCCGUGGCGGCACGAGAGGCCGCCAAAGCUGGCAAACAUAUCCCAGAAGAGCUGUCGAUCCCACGCUUCCUGUACCACAUUUUCACCGAGGAAGGCAUGAGGGGGCUUUUCAAGGGCUGGGCUGCGCGCUGUCUAAAAGUCGCACCGGCAUGCGCAAUUAUGAUCAGCAGCUAUGAGAUGGGCAAGAAAUGGGCGAAGACAGUGAACGAAAAGAAGGAGAAGAAGGCUAUCGCUUAA